AGAAGAUUGCCUGUGUAUGCAACAUGAUCUUUUUAAAUAUGAACUCUGCUGCUUGGGCAUACUCUAUGAUCACUCUGGGGACUGACCUGCUAAAUUCUGCCUUCAGCUUCUACUAUGUGAAACUCUUUUUGCAUCUGUACAAGAUUUCAGAAGAGACCUUUUGUCAAGCCCAGGCAAUUUUGAUGAUCUGGAAUAUUCUUAAUGACCUGAUUGGGUAUUUUUGUGACAGUUUUAAGUCCGACUGUGGUAUAAGCCGUUAUCUUUCUGCAUUGCUGGGUGGCCCUCUGUGUGCAAUGGCCUUCCUGCUUCCUUGGUUCCCUUGGAAAAACUAUCAAGAAGGCGACUGGCUUAAUGGAAUUCACCUGAUGGUGUCAUCAUGUGCCUUUGAGAGCACCCUCUCCUGUAUUCAGCAAGCCCAGUGUAGGUGGUUUAUAGGGACCUUCCCAAGACACGAAAGUAGGCUUCGUCUUCUUAAAACCAACCACGCGGCAUCACUGAUGGGCUCGGCCAGUGUCCUGUUCUUUGGCCUCAUCUCUAAUAACAUGGAGAGUUUGCCCGAAUUUCAGGCUGCCGCUGUGCUCACUGCCUUUCUUGCUGCUGCCAGUAUCCGUGCUGGCAUGAACCACAUGAAAUGUUUUGAAUGGAAAAGAAGCCUGGAGGACAAUGUGCCCUCGGGGAGAGAGGAGGAUCUUGCCUUGUGGAUGGGACAGAUCUUGACCCAGAAGAACUUGUACCUUUUUCUGAUCACGAAUUUCUUCCAAGUCUUCCACUUAGCCGUCUUCAGCAACUUCAUGAUGAUCUUCACAGAUCACCUCAUUCCCGGGGACAGCCUUUCUUCGUCUGUAAGGAGCGUCAUGUACGGAGCAGGCUUCGUCUGCCCACGGUGCCUCCUACUUGUGGGUCAUUCCUGGCUGAAGAAAUUUGGUUAUUAUAAGAUCAUCCUAGUUUCUUUCUACCUAGAAGGGACAGCUUCCAUUAUCAUGUUACUUCUGGGAGCGGACUACUAUUACUGUUUGGCUCUCUAUCUCACGCUUAUCAUGGUGAUAGUGCAAGCUUCUUAUUGCUUAUUUAACCUGCCUCUAGCUGACAUGAUUGACGCAGAAUUACUUAAGUUCAAUAGGCAGCCACUCUUUCCCUCGAUGGUUUUUGGCAUCAACGCUUUGCUUACCAAACCUGCUCGGUUUUUAGCUCCCAUGGUGAUACUUUCUAAGCUCACUCAGUUUGGAUAUACAAGCCCAGACAGAAGUGCACUUCUAGAUCUUCCUGGUGCUAUGUUUGGUUUGGUUUGCCUGUUACCGUUGGGCAUUGCCAUAAUUCAGAUUAUGGUUUGGAGCCUGUUCUCAAUCAAAAACAAGACAGACUACACGACGACUUUUUAAGGCUCAUACCAGCUGUUGUGGAAGUCAAAUGAGAGUCAGGUCUUUGCUUUGUACCAGAAGGACAAAACUGUUCUUCAGAAACUCUAGGUUGUUUAUAAAGCAGACAAAAACAU